UCAGGGGCCCUGGCACCUGGAAAGCAUUUAUCGGUCAGCCGUGCGGCAACGUAGUACAGUGCGAUAUAUAUUAACCGUACCGUAAAGUGAAAUCUACCGUACCGGAGACAGGCGUAGUUGGCGCAUGCGCCGUACGAGCGCAUCGCCUAGCCGCCAUUGUCGCUUCAGAGCUCAACCGCAGCGGACACGAGUGGUUUCUGCGAGUGAUUUCUUCUGUCGUCAUGCUAAUAGUAGUCGGCGUCAGUUUCGCGUAUUGGGCGGGCCGCCGAAGAGGGCUGCACGGGCGGGUCCGCACGGCGGGCUGGCGCGGGGCCCGUAUUGCCGACGACGGGUUUCGGCGGUGGGCAAUUGCGACCGUCCGGCAGCUCCGUCCCACGCAGGUCCUGCUGGUUGCUGGCGGCAACGACGUCGCCUCCAAUCCGUUUAGCCCUCGCGUGCUCGUGCAGCUCUUUCGGGAGCUGGCGCUCGGGAUCUUUGCCGCUGGCGCCCGUCAGUUACACCUGCUGCCGAUUCCGCCGCGAGCAGUCUGCCGGCGUGGGCCGGUCUCGGUGGCGGCGUUUCGUCGUCGGCGGCGGCUGAUGAACCUCCUCCUCCGGCGGCUAUGCGGGAAACACCGCGAGGACUUCCCAGUGACCCUCUGCCCUUCCAACCAGCGAUGGGCUUUGUGGGCGCCGAUGGGGUCCACCCUUCCGGGGAGGGCUGGGCAUGCCUCAUCGAUCUGAUAAAUGCGACCGCCGCCUCUACCCUCCUCAUCUGAGGGCGCCCCACUGACUGGUGUGUUCGGCAUAACACGUGUGCACUGUGAUGUCAAUACAGGACCGUCUAACCGUCGUGUGUUUCUCGUUUCAUGACUACCGAGCCAUGCCGAAGGCGCGCGCGCCGGUGCGCGGCCGCGCAGUGAGCCAGCCGGACGGCGCUGCGCGCGCCCGCCGCCAAUCCACGCGGCGCCAGUCCGGCGCGUCAGUCCCCGCCGGGCCCCGGCGGCGAGCAGCCGCGCCGCCCCGCGGCAGACAGCCGUCGGAGCCAGCCGCUACGCAGCGGCCCGCUGUCGCCGGGCAGGCGGUCGUGCUCGACGCCGCUCAGUUGCGGGCCGUCGUCGCAGACGUCGUGCGGGACGCGCUGCUGACCGUCGGCCCGACCGCUGCCUGUGGCUCUACCGGGCUCGCGGGCUGCCGCGACGCCGCCGGACCCUCAGCACAGCAGGAUACGCCGCCGACCACUACACGUUCGCCAUCGCCGCCGCCGGCGCUGCCGCCGCCAAUGGCACCGCCGCCGCCGCCUCUACCACCACCAUCGGCGACACCUCCGACCGGCUCUCCGCCACAUCUGCCAGGUACAAGCGCCGGGCUGGGGCUAGAGCUGUGUGAAGAUACCUCGGCGGUGGCGCCGGCAUUGCGGAGCAGGAUCCAGGCGGACAAAUUCGUCGAUCUAGCUCUACUACUCGAUUCCUAUGACCGGUCCGCUACCGAGCGUCCACCCUCCUUCCAGCUGGUCGACGGCACCUUGCGCGCCGCUCCUCGCGUGACACGCCCAAUUACCUCGUUCGGUGCGUGGAGCAUCGCAUUUACGCGGUUUGCCGGCAUCUACGCCGAGGCGCACCCAGACGCGGCGGUGGGCCUUCUCGCUUACAUGCGGCAGGUUGGCUCCCUGUCCGUGAGCGGUCUGGGCGUCGCAUGGCGCGACUUUGAUGAGACCUUUCGGCGGGCACGCGAAUCAGACCCCGCUCGUCACCCUUGGGGUGCCACCGCCGCUACGUCCCCCUUAUGGCUCAUGGCCAUAGCCAGGGGUGUUGGCGGCGUGGCCAGAGCCGCUCCGGUUCCGCAGCGACAAGCGGCCGCUGGAUCUCGAUUUCGGCCAUGCUUCGCAUACAAUGGCCAACAGGGCUGCUCGGCCCGCGUCUGUCGGUUCACUCAUGCCUGCCGUACAUGCCGCGGCAGUCACCCGGCACAUCAGUGUGCCACUCGACCUGCCCGGCCGGUGCACAGACGCGCCGGCCCCGGCAGCGCCGCCGCCGGUGCAGCCGGCUCCCGCUAAACCAUCUUGUACAUCUGCCGUCGCCUUUUCGCCGAUGGUGCCGGCCGACACGCUCCACCAGCUUCUGUCCGGCUACAAUGAAGAGUUGCGCCACUAUCUAGUGUCGGGGUUUCGCUCUGGAUUUUCCACUGGCUCUGCCAUAACCGGGACAGGGGGGUCAACACACAACCUUCCUUCCUGUGAUCUCGCACCUCAAAUUAUUGACGAUUACGUAUCUUCGGAGCUGAAGGCCGGCCGCCUCGCCGGUCCGUUUGCCGCUGACGGGCCCUCCCCGGUUAAGCGUAUCUCACCCAUCGGUCUGGUGCCAAAAAAGUCGCCGGGCUCCUUCCGCGUGAUCCAUCACCUAUCUUUCCCGGCCGGUGAGUCUAUCAAUGACUACAUACCACGCGAGUUCACGGCCGUGCAAUACGGUUCCUUGGACGAGGCGGUGGAGUACAUCUCCCAUUUUGACCACGCAUUUUUGGCUAAAUCUGACAUCGUGCAAGCCUUCCGCCUACUGCCCACGACCGAACGUGAUUCUGCGCUACUCGGCUUCCGCUGGCGCGGGCUGAUCUACGCCGACCGUGCGCUGCCCAUGGGGUGUGCAAGCAGUGCUCAGAUUUUUCAGACUUUCAGCGACGCGCUGGUAUGGAUAGCGCAGCGCCACUUCGGCGCCGGCCACAUCGUCGCCGUGCUGGACGAUUUUCUUUUUAUCGGCGCGUCGAAGUCGGCAUGUGCGUCGUCCCUGCGGGGCUUCACGGCCAUGUGCCACCUCCUCAACGUCCCCCUCCAUCCCGACAAGACGGUGCUGCCCUGCCAGCGGCUCACAUUUUUAGGGGUGGAGCUGGACGUCGCAGAACGGGUUUUGCGCCUGCCCACCGAUAAAGUGGAGCGAGCAAGGGAUGCCGUGGCCGACCUCAGCCGGCGGCGGAAAGCACCCCUACGGCAAGUUCAGACCUGCAUUGGGCUGUUGAACUUUGCGUGCCUCGCAGUGCCGCUCGGCCGGCCGUUCCUUCGUCGUCUCUCCGAUCUCUGCGCCGGUGUCCGUCGGCCGCACCACCGCGUCUCCCUCACCAGGGCGUCGCGCCUCGACAUGUCAGCCUGGCUUCUAUUCCUGCAGCACUUCAACGGGCGUUCGCUGCUCGAUGAGCGGCGCUGGACGCAGGCGGCCGCGGUGUGUCUGGAGACCGACGCCUCUGCCGGGGUGGGUCUCGGGGCCAUCUGCGGCUCACGCUGGCUGCUCGGGACGUGGCCCGAAUGGCUUCAAGGCGCCGAUAUCGGAGUGCUAGAGCUCGUCGCCGUCGUCGUUGCUAUGCACGUGUGGGCAUCAGACUUGACCCGCCGCUGCGUCAUAGUCCGAUCGGACAACAGCGGCGUCGUCGCGGCCAUUAACUCGCAGUCAUCGCGGUCCCCUGCCGCAAUGCGCUGGCUCCGCCACCUCUUUCUCAUCACCAUGCGGUACAAUAUUCUAGUGCGUGCUAACCAUGUCCCCGGUAUUCGGAACGUCGCUCCUGACGCUCUCUCCCGGGGUCUCACGCAGGUGUUCCGGGAAGUGCGGCCGUCGGCCGACGCGGAGCCGACAUCAUGGGACUGGGCCGACUUCGCUAUGCUGCAGACGUGACUGCACUGGAGGCAGCGGCCUUGGCACCGGCAACAGCGCGUGCUUACCGCGGGACGUGGGACCGCGUCCGCCAUUUUAUCGGCAUCGGCCCGGCCAUUCCCCUCUUCCCAAUCGCCACUGCGACGGUGGUCGACUUCAUCGGGGCCUGUUUCCGGGCUGGCAGUGGGGCCUCAGCAUUAGCCAGCCAUUGUUCGGCGAUCGCUUACGGCCACCGCAUCCGUGGCUUGGCUGAUCCCACCGCCGAUUUUCGGGUGCGCAAAUUGCUCGCCGGGGCUCGGCGGUUGCGUCCAUCACGAGACACGCGUACUGCCGUCACCCUCGACGAGCUCGGCCGCCUGUGCGCGGCGGUGAGCCGACUGCCGCUGCCCGCUGUCGACAGGGCCGCCUUUCGUGCCAUAUGCUCCCUGGCUUUUUUCGGCAUGCUGCGGCCCGGAGAAGUCGUGUUGGGUGCCAACCCCGCCCACACCGUCCGUGUGCACCACGUAAGUGUGCACCGGGACGGCUUGUCGCUCACCAUUCCCUCAUCCAAAACGUCGCCGGUGCCGUUCACUACCGAGCUUGUGGCUCGCCCUGAUCUGGCCUGUUGCCCUGUGCGUGCGGUGCAGGAAUUUCUGAGCGUGCGCCCGGUCGGCCGCCACAGCGAUUUCCUGUUCCUCUCGGGCAGCGGCCGUCCCAUUACUACCCGACAGCUCACCCAAGUCGUGAGACAGGCGGGGCGCCUGGCGGGGCUAGAUGUUCGGCGACUUGCCGGGCAUUGCUUCCGCAUAGGCGGCGCUUCAUACGGCGCUCAGCUCGGCAUGACCGAGUUGCAGCUCAAGGAGGCCGGCCGAUGGGCGUCAUCGGCCGUUCGGCGGUAUCUGCGGCUCCCCGUCUCACUAUCGCAGCUGGCCGCUCCCCCCGCUCGUCAGCAUCCCCACUGAGGUCGUGCCAGUUCCGCUUCGCACAGACAUUUCCGUCCUUCCGACACGGCGGCGUCCGGGACGGGCCCGGCCGCGGAGACGGGUAUGUCAGCCGCACAAGCUCAGCCGCGCACAGCGUAUCGCGCGAGCUGGCGUCACCCAUCCAGUGCUCACCGCCGGGUCCCAGGGUUUUCGUGUGGCGGUUUAUGGUUAGCCAAGCGCCGCGUUCCGUUUUUUGUUUUGUGUUUCGUUGUUGGCCUCGUCCCCCGACACGGCGGGUGGCUUGCGUCCCCCGGCCGCGGGUGGCGUAGUCGCCACAUUUGCGUGCUUAUGUUCUACUGCCGCUGGUUCCUGUGUUAUGUUUAUUCACAUCGACCUGUUUCCUUGAGCGUCCUCCGACACGGCGGGUGGCCUCAGUCAUCCGGCCGCGGAGGAACGACAAGGGGCGUGGUCGCGCAAUAGUUGCGCGGUCGUCACUGUGUUCAUAUGUUAUCCAAGAGUCGCGCGUUUGCCCGCGCUUCCCCGACACAGCGGGUGCGCUGAGUUCGCCACCCGGCUGCGGGGGGCGUGGUCGCGCCACAUGCGUGAUGUAAACCGCGUUCCCGACACGGCGGAUAGUUCUUGUUCUCCGGCCGCGGGAGCGUGGUCGCACCGUAUUCCGUGCCAUUGUAUCUCAGCAUUUUCCUGCGUUGUCAAUGUGUGUGGCGCCUUUUAAUACACAUCACAUCACACAAUUCGCGCAGCAUCAUCAACAUAAAUAACGUCAAGUCUCCCGUACGUCUUCUCGCGGUUCGGUGGGGGUAUGGGCGUGGUCACCUCACCAAAAAACCAGAUGGACGUGAAUACAGUCCCAUUGUCACACU